AACAAUGGCAGGGGCUUGGCGGGUACUAGUGCUGGUAGUAGGUUUAGCAGCGGUGGCCUGUGUGGCCCAGCGUCGUCGUCAGCUGAGCUAUGACCAGAUUGUCACCCUGGCCUUAAGGCGCUUCAAUCAAGGGCGACGAGGACAGUCCCUCUUCCGCCUGCUGGAAGCCACUCCACCUCCUAGUUCAAACUCCACCACGACUCCCAUACCGCUCAACUUCAGGAUUAAAGAGACUGUGUGUAUUGUAAACCGGCUGAGACUGAGACGGCCCAGGCAAUGUGCCUUCAAGGAGGGCGGGGAGGAGCGAAUCUGCACAGGCACCUUCUUGAAGCGACGUCGCCGCAUCUCGGAGCUCGACUGUGUUCCGGUCAGAGACAGCGACCCCACCAGCGAGCCCACCCGCGAGCCAGAGGUGCCCUCCAUGAGGCCUUUUGCUGACCCUGCUGCGGGACAGUCUCUGGGGGCUGAGAGCCCCAAGCCCUCAUCAGUGGCCGAGGACAUGUAUGAGAGAGCCAAGUACAACAUCAUCGCCAACAUCCUGAGGAAUAUGUAGAGCUGGAGAAAGAAGGGAUGGUACUGCAUCUCCACCACAAGCUCCCCUUCCGACCUGAUGCCCUCAGCACCUUCUUUACUGCUGUCUGAAUCAUCCACAUGCUUCUGUAUUUGCACAUAUGCUUCCUUUGCCUGGAAUUAAUUCCUGUCCUAUCCUGUGUCUGUCAAACCUACUCAUCUCUCAAAGCACAACUCCAAAGUCAUGUCCUCCAGGAAGCUUCCCUGCUCUACCCUAGAGAGAGAUCCUUUCCUCAUCUGUACCUUCAUGAACCUCAAAUCAUGCUGGUAUUACCUGCUGUGCCCAGCCAGAUAACACCGUCUACUCACAGCUGGUGCCCCUGAGCCAGCUGCAGGGGGCUGUGGAAUGAGUUUCUCAACAAGGUGGUCCAGGGAAUCCUGAGAGGGCAAUUCCUUUUGCAUAGGACCCUGAGCACUGCAGCUCCCUGCCCAGUCACUGUGACAACUAAACUUCCCUUCACAUAUCCAGGCACCUCUAAAUAGGUCAGUCCACGAGGACUGGUCCUGGUGCGAACCACAGAAAAGAGGUUCAAUAAAAGCUUUCUGAAAUAAAUGACUAAG